AUUGAGAAUCGAUAGGGUAUUAGCAUUGACUAAAGAUCUUCCAGUCAACGGUAUUAGCUGGUAUUAGACUCUUGUUAGACUCUUGGAUCACACUUGAAGAGGAUCAUUAGAGAUAACACUGGAACAAGUCUGGAUUAGGCAAGAAAAUUAGCGAUGUCAAGAGACGAGUUGAACACCGACAAUCAAUCUGAUAAUUUUAAAGAUGAUUCAGUACCUGCCAGAGUAAUUCUUAUGCGUUCGCAAUCAAGCAUCAUUGCAGAAGUCACGCGGCAAAUCAGUAAACUUACAAAAUCGGAUGAGCCCACAAGCCAUGUAAGCAAAGUUGAAUUCCAAACAGAUGAGGCCAAGGUAGCAAGACGAGUCCAAUUAGGAGAGAUUACCCCCUUUCAAGCAUCUGCGGAGACUGUGCGGGAGCUAAGUGCCGAAGGAACUUCCAGCAAGAUGACUCAGCUCUUGGACUUGGAACGCUACAUAUUUCGACAAGCAGAACUCGCAAGAUGCAAGGCCAUGUUGAAGGCACAAAAGAGGUGUGCUCCUGCUAGCAAAGAAAAGACCAGGAUCCCUGUUAAGAAACAAAAAUUAGUCGCACGGGAUUCUGAGCCACAAAGUCUUAAAAAGCAAGUGAAAUGUAUUGAGCGUAGAAAGAAGAAUAUGAAAGGUGCAAGCAAUAAUGACCAAAAAACUGCAUUGUGUAACGAUACUGUGAAAGCUUUAUGGAGUGCUUCAAAUAAAAAGGAAAAAGUCUUGGUUAAGAUUUCCGAUACUCCUGAGAUUGAAAAUGUAACUGAUGAUUCCCAACGAGAUUCAGAUAGCGGUAGUGAAUAUUUACCAAGUGACGAGCAGCCAGAUUCAGCUGACGAGGGCAAGUCUUUGAUGAAGAAACGUGUUCGUGGUCCCAAAGUAAAAACGGGUUGCACAAAAUCUUUUUUUGACGACGGCGAUGAAUGGAUAUAUCGACAAAGGGUAAAGGAAAGCGGCUGCUUAAAAAAACAGGAAUUGCAUAGGGUUGAUAAUCUCUUCAAAGUACCAAUGUCUAUCUGGAAGAGAUUGUACAAAUAUCAGAAGGUUUCUGUUAAGUGGCUGUGGGAGUUACACGGCCGCAACUUGGGAGGUUUAUUAGGAGAUGAAAUGGGUCUUGGAAAAACAGUACAGCUCAUUGCCUUUCUCGCCGGACUAGAUUGCAGCGAGUUGUUAUCAGAUGGAGGAAGGUUUCGAGGAUUGGGUCCCAGCCUCAUUGUCUGCCCAGCUACACUUCUUGAGCAGUGGGUGAAGCAUUUCCACGAAUGGUGGCCAACCUUGAGGGUAGCAACCUUGCAUCAUAUGGGAACUCAUAGAGGAAAUCCUGAACACCUGGUGUAUAGUUUGAAAUGUGGAGGAAUUCUGGUAACCUCUUAUACCGGUAUUCUCAUUCACAAAGAAUUAUUGGUUAAUACAGAUUGGCAUUAUGUGAUCCUUGACGAAGGUCACAGAAUAAGGAAUCCGGACACUAAGGUAACUAAGGCGGUCAAAGAAUUUUCAACUCCACAUCGUCUUAUCUUGACGGGAAGUCCAAUGCAAAACUCGUUGAAAGAAUUAUGGUCGCUAUUCGAUUUCAUAUUGCCGGGUAAACUGGGUACUCUGCCUGCUUUUAUGGAACAUUUUGCAGCUCCCAUUACCAGGGGUGGUUACACAAAUGCCUCGGCCCUUCAGGAAGCUACUGCGUUGAAUGUGGCUAAAUUGUUGAAUGAUUCUAUCGCGCCGUACAUGAUCAGACGAACAAAAACAGAUGUUUCCCAUCACGUGCGACUGCCUGAAAAAAAUGAACAGGUAUUGUUCUGCAGUUUGACAGAGGAGCAGCGAAACUUAUACAAAGGGUAUUUGAAAUCGGGUGAGGUAACGUUCAUUUUGAAUGAGCGAAACAAUUCCAGCGAAAAUGGAAGAUACCGAGCACGCCUUCUCGUUGCGCUGACGGCACUUCGAAAAAUUUGCAACCAUCCCGAUCUCUAUGUUUGCGAUACUCCAAUGGAUUCGGACGAAUAUCAUUCUACCGAAGAGUUAGAAGUCAGCGACGUUGCGAUAGAAAGUUUUGGUUAUUGGAAGCGAGCUGGAAAAAUGGUAGUUGUACGAUCUUUGCUCAAAAUAUGGAAGAAGCAAGGGCACAGAGUACUGCUUUUUACUCAAAGUAGACAAAUGCUGGCUAUCCUGGAAAACUUAAUUCAGCACCAACGCUACUCUUAUUUACGGAUGGAUGGCAGUACACCUGUGUGUCAGAGACAGCAGGAUGUCCAAAAAUUCAACACUGAUCUCUCGUACUUCGUAUUUAUUCUGACAACACGAGUCGGAGGAUUAGGAAUAAAUUUAAUCGGAGCAAACCGUGUUGUUAUUUACGAUCCGGAUUGGAAUCCCGCAACUGACGCACAGGCUAAAGAACGGGCCUGGCGGAUUGGCCAGAAAAAGAAUGUCACAAUUUACAGACUAAUAACAGCUGGCACCAUUGAAGAAAAGAUUUAUCACCGGCAAAUAUUUAAGCAGCUUCUUGCUAACAAAGUCUUAGAAGACCCACGCCAGCGCAGACUUUUCCGAACCUCAGACCUCACAGAAUUAUUUGCCCUCAAUGAACCAGCUGGAAACGAACGAAGUGAAUCAGAAAAAUUAUUCAGUCAAUCGAAAUUACGAAAUUUUUCAGUGGAGAAAGUGAAAGCAAUGCGCGAGUUGGCGGCAAAUCUAAGCCGAAACGUUGGUAAUGAAGUUGAGAGACGAAAUGGCCAAAUGGCUGGAGACAGAAACAUUACUCCUCUUGCUACCAGUGAGAAAACUAAUGAUAGUGCGGAAAGUUUCGUCACUACCAGUCAAGAAAAUGGUGAUACCAGUUUUGUAGCUGACAGAUGCUCAUCGGACAUUUCCCACCAAAAAAAUCAUAAUGCUAUAAAGAACAAUUUUGAUGCCAAUCUCAAAUCUGGAGCCAACAGAAUCACACCUGGCGUAAACAAUAAGUCAGCUGCUGUAAACAAAACAAUAGACAUCAAAGCACAGUCUACUGACACUCUUGGCAACCUACCGAUUACCGGACAGUCUGAUCCCUUGGACAAAGCGUCAACCAAACAAACACAAAGUAUAAAAUUUCCCAUGGGAAAUAAUAAAUUAGAAUCCCAGAUAAGUGAAGUGACACAUGAACUUGUCAUGUACAGAAGUAGCAGCUUUGUGCAAAACAAUGAUAAAGGUCAAGAGCAUAAAUUGAAAUGUAGACCAAAACGUAAACAAAAUAAAUCACGGUAUAAAAAAAUCCAUCCGAUCUCAUCACUGUUUGAAGGCGAAGAGGUUUCUUGCUUGGUAGGAAGACGCGUUGGAUACUCAAAAGUUGAGAAAUGUCCACCUUCAGAUGAUAACUACGUCUUGCAUAAACUAUUUGCAAAGUCAGCUGUUAAUACAGCGUUUCAACACGAAAACAUCUUAUCGGGCGCAUGCCAUGACGAUCGAAAUAUGAUGCAACGCCAAGCUCACAAGGCUGCUGAGGAAAGUAUGGAACGUUUGCGUCGGUCACGCAAAUGGUGUUCAAGGCCCACAUGGAACAGAACUUGAGACAGAAAUCAUUAACAAUUUGAAAGCUAUCUUAUAAUACUAAAACGGUAUCUCAUGGGCUCUAGUCUAAACGCCCAAACUCUGAAACAAUCAGACAUAGCAAGCUCAACUGAGUUGAUUCACAAACCGAACACUCGAUCAGUCCAACAUAGAUACAUAGAUAUCAGUGGAAACACAUACCUUAUUGUUUUUAUAUUUCAUCCUGGCAUAAUACACUCUGGUAAAAGGAUGGCUCUUGUCUGAUAUGACGUUUGAGCAACAUCUGAAGCUUAUUUAUUAUCGAGUGAUUCCGGAUCACUGAUUCUACUCAACUGCACUAAACUAACAAUUAAAAUACUCAGCUCUUGUGCUUGUUUGCAUUACGCUUCAGGAGAAUGAUUGAUAACAAAUAUAAUUAAGUACAUUGUAAA